AUGGCAACUAUCAAGCUAUCCAUCAUAUUUCUCUACCAUCGUUUAUUCCCACUACGACAAUAUACCUAUAUACUCCUCUUUUGUGCUAUGCUUGUCAUUGCCUGGUUACUGAUCGGUAUUAUCACUCCUUUUGUGGAAUGUCAUCCAAUCCAUUAUUUUUGGGAUCGAUACAUCGAUGAAAAUGCGAAAGGUAGCUGCUAUAACAUCAUUGCCUUUUAUAUGGGAAACAGUAUCUCCGGCAUGCUAAUGGAUGUUAUGCUACUUAUACUACCUAUUCCAAUAAUCUGCCGGCUUCAAAUGUCGUUGAAUAAGAAGCUGGCGAUUUCCUGCAUAUUGCUACUUGGAGGAUUUGUCUGCAUUUCAAGUGUUGUCCGGAUAUAUUAUAUCAGUCGGAUCAGCAAGUCCAAUGACUUUACCUGGGUUAUGAAACAACCUUUCAUUUGGUCCUGUGUGGAACCAUGUCUUGGGAUUAUUGCUGCAUGCUUGGUGCCGUUGUGGCCAUUUUUUCGUUAUGUCCAGAAUCAACUUUUUCGGUGGCCACUUUCAAAUGCCCACCAGAACAAUACCGAAAAUGUCUGUUCAGUUGACGGAGAGUCAGGACUGAUAAAUCGAAUCAGUGCGUCCCAGACUACCACAAGCAGGAAUAAUGCAGAUGACGAGAGUAUUAACUGA